GAUGAAAAUAAAUUUCUAAAAUCGUUAAAACUCUAUUAAUUUAACAGAUUUUAAGUAUUUCAGUGAUUUAUUUCCAUUAGGAGCAUUGCAAAAAAGUGGAUAUUGUGUAGUUGACAUCUACUUCUUCAGAGGGCGGCAAUGCGCAAGGCAUUUUGCGAUUACAAAAGUCCCCCCCCCCCUUCUCUCGUGCUCUCAGAUUUCUCUCUAACUAGUAAUCAUUAGCAAUCUAGCGCAAUCCAGCAGGAAGACAAGUACCUAGUGUAUCGCCAGCUUAAUAUUCACAUACAUGUGAGGUGGUCAAGAGAGCAAUAGGGGUAGAGAAUAUAUUUACUGUGUGUAUAUACAUAUAUUUAAAAAAAAAACAGCAUGACAAUUAUCUUCAAUGUCAUCAUAAAAUGUCUCAAGAUAAGAUAGUUGGUGUUGAUAUUCUCUUGGAAUUUUUGGAAGUAGCGUUUAAUCACAUAUUAUUUUUCCGCAAAAUCUAUCCUAAGGAAAUUUUUGUUAAGAAAAAGAUAUAUGGAAUUACGGUAUAUGUAUCAGACCAUCCAGAAUUGAAUGAAUAUUUAUCAAAUGUCCUAAAUGCAAUCAGAGAAUUGAUAAAGGAAGAUGAAAACAGUAUUAGAACCAUCAAUCUUACCUUCUACAACAAGAACAAGUCACCAAUAGAAAAAUUUGUCUUUGAUAUGGUUAAACUACAGGCAGAGUUUAUGGAGAGAGAUCCAUAUUAUUUAAAAACAGAAGAAGCACUAAAAACAGUUUGCUUAAAAUUAUCAAUGUGUGAUACAUACUUAAAAGCUAUUCCAGACAAUUCAACUUUUUCUAUUGAAAUUCAAACAUAUGAAACUGCACAUGUUACUCUGAGCGAAAAUCCAAAAUGUGAAGAUUUUCCAUGGAUUAUUAAAGAUGAUGCAGUAGAAAUGAUCAAUAAAAAUCUAUUGCCAUUAAAGGACAUCAAAACAGAUUGUUUAAAUUUGCAACUCUAUGUGAUUGAGGAUACAGCAAAUAAAAUCUAA